AUGUACUUGGAAGGAAGUAGAGCAGAAUCAACGGGCAGAUCUUUCCGUAUGAAGGCAUUUUCUAAGGUGAGGUCUUCUCGGGAAUACAAAAGAACUGAGAAGUUUACUAUGAGUCCUAUCGUUCAUAUUGAUGGAACUUCUAAUAUAUAUCGAAAGAAUAUUCAUUUGUUCUUGCACAGUACUUUGAUAUGCUAUUUCUAUUGGAGUUUUAUCAGUUUGGUUCUCUUUAGGCAGGUAUUUCUAGAUGGAUACAUAGACCUGUACAUGUUUGCGAAAUAUCCGCUUGGGGCGAUCUAUCUUGUUGUGCCUUGCUUGAUUGCCUUAGAAACUAUGCCCUUUGUUAUCUAUGAUACUGUGAUAAUCUUGGUGGCUAAGUUCUCGCCGGGUCGCCAGGGCUGGCUUUAUUCGGACUCGAUCUUGACAAUAUUAUAUCAGUUAGUGCUUUUCGGACUGAGUAUAGGUGAGAUGGUGGUGGUAUAUAUCUAUCGCGGCCUUAUCUGGGUGGCUAUUGAUACUAUUGCCAAACAGCAUGCCCAGGCCUGGGGGUCAAGAAGUUCUCUGGCAUUACAGAAGUCCCAUUACUUUGCGUGUGAUACCUGGGCGGCUUUUAUCUUUGCGUUGUUGUGCCUGCUAGUUGUUUGUGACUUUGGUUAUAGUCGGCCAAAGCAGAUUCUGAUUUUUGUUGUGUUUUUGACCUAUAUCAGUGUUUGUAUUACGGCCAUUGUGCUGGCGUGCACCACUCCGGGAGCUACGGGAGUGGGUAGUGUGUUUUGGCUUUUGUUAUGGGAAUGUCUUGCGCUUAUGCCUUUCUUAUACACAACUAUCUUUAUUAUUGCCUAUGUUAUUAGGACACCAUCCUUGUUUACGGGUAGCUUUUAUCUUCAAAACCAUAUCUGUAGAACGAAAAUAAUCAAAUGCGCCAUUAGUCUUAUUGUUUACGGCAUACUAAUGCUUGUGGCGUGCAUAAGUGCUUAUCUGGUUCUUGCCAAGUUGUCAGCACAUACGGCCUUUUGGGCUUUUGGAAACUCACCCCUUUCGCGUUUCAGCAACAUAGUUAGUAGUCGUAUAGCCAAGCACUUCAACCCGCUUGCUGAAUAA